ACCGUGUCUGUGUUGCUCCUCUUAGAGUUAACUUUUUAAUCCCGGUUUUGUUGCUUUAUCACCAGAGAGGAGGAGGCGGAGGACGUCGGGGAGAAAAAGUCAGUCAUGCCAAGAGGUUAGGGUGAGAGCCGGGUGAGCGUCUUCUUGUAAAAGAAGCCCGUCGGUAUUUGUUUGUGUUGAGGGGGAGAAUAAAGACAGGAGGGGAAAACAGGGGGUUGAAAAGCCCGGAGAAGAGCGAGAGAAAAGUGUGGUGCAAGAUGCAGCUGGCCGCGGUGCUGUGGGGCGUCCUGGCAACUUUGUCACUCAGCCAGAGUCCAGGUGUUCAGGGCAGUGCUGACUGUUCGUGUGGAAGGAACCACUUCACAUGUGCGGUCAGUGCAUUCGGGGAGUGUACCUGCAUUCCGGCCCAAUGGCAGUGCGACGGAGACAAUGAUUGCGGAGACCACAGCGAUGAGGAUGGAUGCAUGCUCCCCACCUGCUCACCUCUGGACUUUCACUGUGACAACGGGAAAUGUAUCCGUCGCUCCUGGGUUUGUGAUGGAGACAACGACUGCGAAGACGACUCAGAUGAACAAGACUGCCCUCCCAGAGAGUGUGAGGAGGAUGAGUUCCAGUGCCAAAAUGGCUAUUGCAUCCGUAGCCUUUGGCACUGUGACGGCGACAAUGACUGUGGUGACAAUAGUGACGAGCAGUGUGAUAUGCGUAAAUGUUCAGACAAAGAGUUCCGGUGCACAGACGGAAGCUGCAUUGCUGAGCACUGGUACUGUGACGGAGACACGGACUGUAAAGAUGGAUCAGAUGAGGAAAAUUGCCCCUCAGAUGUGAUGACGGCCACCUGCAGCGUGGAAGAGUUCCAGUGUGCAUAUGGACGCUGUAUCCUGGAUAUCUACCACUGUGACGGAGACGACGACUGUGGAGACUGGUCAGACGAGUCAGACUGCUCUUCCCAUCAGCCCUGCAGAUCAGUCGAAUUUAUGUGCAGUAGUGGGAUGUGCAUCAACGCUGGCUGGAGGUGCGACGGUGAAUACGACUGUGACGACCAGUCGGAUGAAAAGAACUGCACUUCGUCAAUGUGCACAGCUGACCAGUUCCGGUGUGGAACAGGACGUUGUGUGCGGUUGUCAUGGAGAUGUGACGGUGAGGACGAUUGUUCGGAUCGGAGUGAUGAAGAGGGCUGUGAGAAAACUGACAGUCCUCCAUGUGCUCCUGAUCAGUUCCAGUGUGGGAAUGGCCGUUGUAUAGGACAGAGAAAAGUGUGUAACGAGGUUAACGACUGCGGUGAUGGAACAGAUGAGCAACCACACCAUGACUGCAGACCGCGCUCCAGUGAGGGCAACUGUAACCAGAAUAAUGGAGGCUGCUCACAGAAGUGUCAGAUGGUCAGAGGACUGGUCCAGUGCACCUGUCACACCGGAUACCGACUGACAGACGACAGCAGAACAUGCCAGGACGUGGAUGAGUGUGCUGAAGAGGGUUACUGUAGCCAGGGCUGUACCAACACAGAGGGGAGUUUCCUGUGCCGCUGUGUUCACGGCUACGAGCUUCGGCCUGACAAGCGCAGCUGCAAAGCUCUAGGUCCAGAGCCAGUGCUGUUGUUUGCAAACCGCAUCGACAUCCGUCAAGUUUUGCCACACCGCUCAGAAUACACCCUCCUGCUCAACAACUUGGAAAACGCCAUUGCGCUGGACUUCCAUCACAGCCGAGAGCUUGUCUUCUGGUCGGACGUGACGCUCGACCGCAUCAUGAAGGCCAACCUCAACGGCUCAAACGUGGAGGAGGUCAUCUCCACUGGUCUGGAGAGCCCAGGGGGAUUGGCUAUAGACUGGAUCCAUGAUAAGCUUUACUGGACGGACUCUGGGACGUCCCGUAUUGAGGUGGCCAAUCUGGACGGGACACACCGCAAAGUGUUGCUGUGGCAGAAUAUGGAGAAGCCCAGAGCAAUUGCCCUGCACCCCAUAGAGGGUAAGAUUUACUGGACAGACUGGGGGAACACGCCACGCAUCGAAUACACUAACAUGGACGGCUCAAACCGACGGGUCAUUGCAGACACACACCUGUUCUGGCCCAACGGCCUCACCAUCGAUUACGCCAGUCGCCACAUAUACUGGGUGGACGCCAAGCAUCACGUCAUUGAGAGAGCUGACCUGGAUGGACGCAACCGCAAGGCUGUCAUCAGCCAAGGCCUUCCCCAUCCAUUUGCCAUCACAGUUUUUGAGGACAGCCUCUACUGGACUGACUGGCACACCAAGAGCAUCAACAGUGCCAACAAGUUCACUGGCAAAAACCUGGAGGUCAUUCGCAAUAAGCUCCACUUCCCCAUGGAUAUCCACACACUGCACCCGCAAAGGCAGCCUGCCGGUGGCAGAAAUCGCUGCGGAUCCAACAAUGGAGGCUGCAGCCACCUGUGUCUCCCUAGCAACAAAACCUACACCUGCGCCUGUCCCACUGGCUUCAAAAAAGUGGACAACUACAAAUGUGCUGACAGUCUUGACAAGUUCCUGCUUUUUGCCCGAAGGACGGACAUCCGACGCGUCAGCUUUGAUACCGAAGACAUGUCCGAUGAUGUCAUCCCCCUGGCCGACGUGCGCAAUGCCGUGGCGGUGGACUGGGAUGACAAAGACGGCUACAUUUACUGGACAGACGUCACUACCGACUCCAUCAACAGAGCUCUGUGGAAUGGCAACAAGCAGGAGGUGGUGGUGGAUACAAGCCUGGAAAGCCCUGCAGGCUUGGCAAUUGACUGGGUGACGAAUAAACUUUAUUGGACUGACGCCGGUACGGAUCGUAUCGAAGUUUCUAAUGCCGAUGGCAGCAUGCGAACUGUGCUGAUCUGGGAGAACCUGGACCGACCAAGAGACAUUGUAGUUGACCCAACUGGAGGUUUCAUGUACUGGACAGACUGGGGAGCCAACCCAAAGAUCGAGCGUGCAGGAAUGGAUGCCUCCAAUCGGAUUGUCAUAAUCUCAUCCAACCUGACAUGGCCCAAUGGACUCGCUAUCGACUACGAGACCAAACGUUUGUACUGGGCCGAUGCGGGCAUGAAAACUAUUGAAUAUGGCAACUUUGAUGGUUCUGACAGACAGGUUUUGAUAGGCAGCCAACUGCCUCACCCAUUUGGGCUAACUGUACAUGAGGACAAGCUGUACUGGACAGACUGGCAGUCCAAGAGCAUCCAGACUGCUGAUAAACUCACUGGACUGGGGCGCCACACACUGGCUGAAAACCUGGAAAAUCUUAUGGAUAUUCACAUGUUCCACCGGAACCGGGAACCGGUGCAUAAUCCAUGUGCAGUGAAUAAUGGAGGAUGUAGCCACCUCUGCCUCCUGGCGCCUGCUCCCAAAGCUUCCAGCUGUGCCUGUCCCACCGGGAUCAAUUUACAGAGCGACGGGAAGACCUGCACACCUGGUAUGAGUAGCUUCCUGAUCUUUGCUCGGAGGACGGACAUCAGGAUGGUUUCUCUUGACAUUCCAUAUUUUGCUGAUGUGGUUCUGGCUGUCAAUAGCUCAAUGAAAAACACUAUUGCUAUUGGCGUCGACCCCAAAGAAGGGAAAGUCUAUUGGUCUGACAGCACGCUGAAGAAAAUUAGCAGAACCAACAUUAAUGGAACAGCCCAUGAAGACAUCAUAUCUACAGGGUUGAUGACGACUGAUGGAUUGGCGGUGGAUGCUGUUGGCAGGAAGAUUUACUGGACCGACACUGGAAUCAACCGUAUUGAAGUGGCCAACCUGGAUGGCUCAAUGAGAAAAGUUCUUGUGUGGCAGAACCUUGACAGCCCCCGAGCGAUAGCCCUCUACCAUGAGAUGGGUUACAUGUACUGGACGGACUGGGGAGAGCAUGCUAAGCUAGAACGCUCAGCUAUGGAUGGAUCGGACCGCGUGGUCCUCAUAAGUAACAACCUGGGUUGGCCUAAUGGCCUGGCUAUUGACACGGCUGGAUCACAGUUACUGUGGGCCGACGCUCACACUGAGCGUAUUGAGGCAGCUGACCUAAAUGGGCAAAAUCGACACACCCUUGUGACUCCUGUCCAGCACCCCUAUGGUUUGACCCUUCUGGGCUCUCAUAUCUACUGGACCGACUGGCAGAGCCGCAGCAUCCAGAGAGCUGACAAGAACAACGGGGCCAACACCAUUACGGUCCGAGGAAAUCUGCCAGGCCUGAUGGACAUCCAAGCCGUGGACAGAGAGAGGCCACUUGGUUUUAACAAAUGCGCCCAGAGAAAUGGAGGGUGCACUCACCUCUGCCUGCCUCGUCCUAAUGGUACUUCCUGUGCGUGUCCUACUGGAAUUCAGCUCAAGGGAGAUGGCAGGUCAUGCGACAACUCUCCAGAGACCUACCUGAUCUUCUCCAACCGUGUCAGUGUCCGCAGAAUCUCCCUGGACACCAGCGACCACACCGAUGUGCAUGUACCAGUUCCCGAGCUGCACAAUGUCAUCUCACUAGACUAUGACAGUGUUGAUGGAAAACUUUAUUACACCGAUGUCACCCUGGAUGUUAUCAGGAGGGCUAAUCUAGACGGCAGUGGCAUGGAAACAGUUAUCAGCCAGGGCCUUAAGACCACAGAUGGAUUGGCUGUGGACUGGGUGGCCAGAAACAUGUACUGGACUGACACGGGGCGCAACACCAUUGAGGUGGCGCGCCUGGACGGGACAUGCCGCAAAGUCCUGGUGAACAACAGCUUGGAUGAACCACGAGCGAUUGCAGUGUUCCCAAGCAAAGGGUUUCUCUUUUGGACUGACUGGGGGCACAUUGCGAAGAUUGAGAGAUCACAUCUUGAUGGAUCCGAUCGAAAGGUUCUAAUCAAUACUGACCUGGGAUGGCCCAAUGGUCUCACGCUAGACUAUGACACAAGAAGAAUCUUCUGGGUGGAUGCCCACUUGGACAGGAUUGAGAGCUCAGACCUGACUGGAAAGCUGCGUCAGAUCCUCGUUAGUCCCGUGUUGCACCCUUUCGCCCUCACACAGCAAGACCGCUGGAUCUACUGGACGGACUGGCAGACUAAGUCCAUCCAGCGAGUGGAUAAACACACUGGCCGAAAUAAGGAAACUGUGCUGGCCAAUGUGGAGGGCCUGAUGGAUAUAAUAGUGGUAUCUCCAAACAGACAGACAGGUACUAACCUGUGUGGAAUAAAUAAUGGAGGCUGCACUCAUCUUUGCUUUGCCAAGACCAACAGUUUUGUUUGCGCUUGCCCAGAUGAACCAGAUGGGGGACCCUGUUCUACUGUUCCAGGUUACAUCCCCACUUCUCCCACCAAAAGUGCCAACAGCACUCCUGUUCCCAAAAAGAUCCCCAACGUACCAACAGAACCGCCACACAGGGGACCCUCACUGAUCAACUGCACUGACAAGGAUUUAAACGCCGUGGGCUGCAUGAACACAGUGGUGACAGCCCCUCAUGGAGAAGGACUUCAUAUCAGCUAUGUGAUUGGUGGGGUUCUCACCAUCCUGGCGAUUCUGAUCCUUAUAGCUGCUUUUAUCAUUUACAGACACAAAAAGUCUAAAUUUGCUGAACCCGGUGUGAGCAAUCUGACCUACAGCAACCCCUCAUACCGAACAUCCACACAAGAGGUCAAGAUCGAAACAUCACAGAAGCCUCCGAUAUACAACCAGCUUCGAUAUAAGAAGGAGGGUGGAGUUGAUGGAGGCUACAUGAAGGAGAAGAUCCGCAUAGUGGAGGGGGUGUGUCUCCUGUCCAACGACGAGCUUUACUGGGAUGACCUCAAGCAAAUCAAGCCAUCUCGAGGCGGCCUGCACACCUGCAUGCGCACCGACACCGUGUCCCUGCAGGCCAGCAGCGCUUCGCUCGACGACGGCGAGAGGGAGCAGCUCCUGCAGGAGGAGGCGUCCGAAUGCUCCUCCAUAACCACGCUGACCCCAUCGGCCAUCACCCCACAACGCCACACCCAGCACAACCUGCCCGACACCGGCUGGGCUACCAUACGCAAACCCUCGACCGAGAGCGAAGUGUGAGAGAGAUUCCAUCUGCCCUUCAUCUCAACCAUUCAUCACAUAAUACACACACACACAUGCAGACACCCGUGUUCAGAGCUGGUACAAAUUCAAAGAUUAACUGAAACUUAUGUAAAGUAAUAGUUCAUAUGAAUCUGGUUAGACACAAAAAACAUCUCCUGUCUUUGAAACUGGAGCUCCGUCCUGCUUAAACACAUACACACAGAACAGCAGUACUCCAAGUGUCGCUUCCUCCAGGCAAAGUGAUAAACUAAAGGAGCAUGCUGGUUUAAGAAAGUAAAGGACUCCAGGGAGAAUGUAAACAGAGACGCUGAGACUAUCUGGAGCCGUUUUAAAGGACGGAGACUCAAAAAGACGAAUGCAUCUCUGUACCUCAAGUCUAUUUUUGGGACAAAGCUAAACCAACAUAUAUUACAUGGAUGAUUCAACAACAGUGCUCGCUCACAUGCCAGUCAUGUCUAUAUGAACUCUAUUUAUAAACUUUUUCUUUUUUUACUUGAGUGGGUUUUUGAUGAGUGUCGUGUGAGCAGUUGUGCAGCAGGACUCAGUUUUGUUUUAUGACAGUGCCAAAGGGCGAGACUUCACACGGUCUCCAUGUUUCCCUCUCCGCCUUCUCUUGCAUUUGAGAUUCAUAAUAAUCCCGGGACAUUUUUUUGCUUCUUCACUUGCAGGUUGUAAACCUCUCUUCUGAAUUUUUCUUCUGAUUCUGAUACAGCCUCCAAACAGGAAAAAUAGGAGCUACUCUUAGAAGGUCUGUGUAUUGUCUGCAAACAUAGCUGAAAAAGUCUUUUUUAGUUGAUAUUUCAGAGCAUGUAUAUCUUUGAACAUAGCAAACAAGCUUUGAGGGUGCAAAUCCCAAGUGUGAAACACUUUAAUCUUUCUCCUUCAGUUGUAUAUUUAAUAUCAUAUUAAUUAUAAAAUGUUAAUGACAUUUUUCUUACUUAGCUGUUUAGCCUUGCAGAUUGAUGGAAACAUUUCAACGCAACUUGGUCAUUUAAAUUUAGCAUAUCUUUCAUAAUCUUCCCCUAAAAAAGUUAAAUAUUACCUAUAGUAGCACUUACUUUUAGAAUGUAAAGCUCCUUAAUGCUAACUAACUCAGUACUUCACUGUAUAGCAGGGUAAAACGAACUCCUCAGACUUCUGUUUAUUUAAUUUCCCCUUUUAAAUGUAUAAUGCAUUGGCUUUUACAUGGUACUCAUGUCUGUGAUAACCUUUCAGUUUUGGUUUGGAGAUAAUCAUAAUAAACCUCGUGUUAGCAACAUGAUUACAGUUCAAUUUGGCUUUCUGCUUUUGUGGCAUACUGUUUAGAGGCAACCGGAUCACAAAUCUGGCACAAAGGUAUUUACUUAGUCAAAUGCUGUUUAGUUAAAUGAGAACAUUUUUCACUUUGCAACUUGAUUUUAACAAUCUGCAUUGUUAAAGCAGUGGUCAACAAACAGUACAGCUGGCAAGCCUCACCUCAGACAGUGAGGAUUCUCCUGUAGAAAUGUCUCUGACAUCAUACUCUGCAACGUAUUCUGGGUAUUGCUUUUACAUUAUUUACUACAGUUCUUGCUGUUUAAAUGCAGUACAAAAUAAUAUAUCGCUAUACAGACAAAUAUAUCUUUUUGAUGCAAUAGAGCCGUGUAUUUUGAAGUAUCUGCUACAAGCUCAGCAACUUGCUGAUUUGCUGCUAGACUAAGCACUGAGGCCAAUGGAAGAGGGUCUUGGCAGCUACAUAACUACAGUCUCUGAGGUUUAGUUGACAGUAGGCCUUCGGUGCAUCGUGACAGCCCAGUAUUACAGUAAUUUAUCCCAGCUCACAGUCUGUCCAACUCUGCUGCAGGAAAUGCUAAAAACUGUACAGAUUUUACCAUAUGGAUUUAACCAAAUGUUUCUGUUUAUAUUGUGUUAAUGGAUUUUUAGUCUUUUGUACAAAGGGAUUUCAUGACCGUUUUUAGACUUGUAUUAAUUUUACUCACUGGAGAUAAAAAAAAGUGUUUUGUUUUUGCUGGAUUAUUUUAACCACUGUGUUUUUAAGCUUUGUAAAUGAUAGGGAAUGUGCCAGUUAUUUAAUAGUGCUCUUUUAUCUUAUGAAAUACUGGUCACAUACAGUUGUAAAGUUAACAAAAAGAGGUAUUUAUAAAAAACAUUUUUUCUUUUUGGUUGUCACUUAUGUGUAAAUAUGAAAAGACUGUAUAUGUAUUUCCCUGGCAGUACUGACAAGCUGUGUUGUGUGAUAUAGUGAAUUAUUCCUUUGCUAUCUUUUAAUAUAAAAUGGCAUUUGCAUUUCAUUGAAA